GGUUCCUUCCCACCAUGCACUGCGCGGAGGGCGGGGGAGCCGACUUGCUGCGCUGGAGUGAGUGGUGAGCGAGGCAUAUUGCAAUGAAUGCAUUGUUUAAUAGCGCCAGUAAUAGCUAACAGCAGCCUUGUAUACAUAGUGUGUAUAUGGCAUCUCAGUAUUUAGUGUGCCAUCAGAUGAUAUGGGUCCUUGUUUAGGCAUAGUUUGAUUUUAUUGAUCACUGGAUACUGCCAUCUGAUCAAUUUAUGUGACUAGUCUUGUUCUGUAUUGUAUCAGAGCAGCUGUGAGAGUCCACUAGAAUCAUUCCAAUACAGAUCUACAUAGAAUGUUUCACAUUAUAGUAUCAGCAACGUUCCACUUGCAUUCUAACCACUUCUAAUCAUUUACAUGCAGUAACUGUAACCUCCCUCUACAUUCAUAAGCAGCAACAUCCUCUGCACUUUUUCCAUUUAGUCAAUGUCAGCCAGCAAUGGUUUCACCCAUUUUCACAAACUGUUUUUUUUUUCUUUCUUUUUUUCCUGGUAUUUUAUGUUAUUUACUUUUCCCCCACACAGUAGUGUAGUUCAUAGCCCACCAGUUGCUGUCAGUGAGGUGGCAUGGCUGUCUGAUCCCAGCUGUGUGUAGGGCUGCAGGGAUCCGGCGCAUCCUAGGCACAUCAUGAGCUAAUUCAGCUGAAUAGAUGCUGAUUGUGUAAAUCCAAAGUUCCUAGGAUCAGUUACUGUUAUGUGAGUCUGCACGCUUACUUCCUUACUGGUAGUGAGUAGGAGUAGCAUUGACUUAAUAAAUAGAAUCUAAAAAACACGCAUUGUUAACUGCUUGUGAUUUUAUCAUUGUAGGUACAAAAGUUGCAGAUACUACCUUUAAUUGGGACAAAUCACAAAAAUGACAGGUAAGGAGAGUAUCUCUCACUAUUCUAUUAAAAAAAAAAAAAAAAAAAAGACCUAUACGAAGUCAAUAAUCAAUUUAUUAUUCACAAAAGUGAGAAUUGUUGGUAAUCCGAAGCAAAUUUCAAAUUAAAGGCCAGAUUAGCCAAAUUGGUAGCAUCGCUGCUUUGGAGAAGUUCUAUGUUGGCUUUAACCCCUUAAUGACCAAACUUCUGGAAUAAAAGGGAAUCAUGACAUGUCACACAUGUCAUGUGUCCUUAAGGGGUUAAAUUCACUUUGGAAUCCAGACAAUUUUAACUAACUGGUAACUUAGUUAUUUUCUUUGUCACUUAGGCCUUGGUUUCAUAUCGUUUGCAAGCUUUCCAAUUGAGUUAAUAUUUUUGGAUAGACAUUUAGAAUGACUGACUAGAUAUUCACAUUUUGCGAUUAUUUUUUUUUAUAUAUAUAUAUAUUUUUUUUUUUAUUAAACUUUCUUUUUUUUUAAUGGGUUGACCAAAAAAUCAUUUUAAAAGUUUAUCCAAAAAUAUGAAAUCAUUCGAAAAGCUUAUUCAGCAAUAUUAAAUUGAGGCCUUAGUUUCUGACUGAAAAUAAUUUGUGUUUAAUAACUAAUAACUAUUUUGGGUACUUUUAAACUUGCUUCAUGCUCUGUCCAAACUUAGUAAAAGUUUUAUACAGAGUAAAUUUGGGUUAGAGUAGGUUAUAUUUGCUUUUCCUUUACGUACUGCCUUUGUGCUGUCAACUAUACCUUGUUCACAAUAAAUAAUGCUGCGUAUUAGACAUAUGUUGUUUGCUCGAGAACAAUGCAUUCAGGGUGUUAAUGGCUUUUCCAUUGCACAAUAUAAAUGUAUAGAGAUCUGAGCAAACAUGAUUUGUAAGCAAUUUUACGUAAUGUCUCUUUAGUGUGCUUGUCCAUGUUGUAGUGAGUCGCCUAAAAUAUUUUAGUAAGGCAGACUCUCUUUCAGCUCCCCUACUUAAAUAUUUAAAUUUCUUUCAUUUCUAUUCAAGUGAUAUUUUUAAUAAUAUGGUUGCCCUCAAAGUAGUUACCUAGGCUCUGUUAUUUAACCCCUUAAGGACCAAACUUCUGGAAAAAAAGGGAAUCAUGACAUGUCACACAUGUCAUGUGUCCUUAAGGGGUUAAAAAGAUCCAAGUAGUUUUUGAGAACCCACAAGUGAGGCCAGUGUUUUGUUCCCAAUUAACUACAAGUUGUAAAUCCUUUUUUAAUCAUGUAUGUAUGUUAGUGCCUGAGUUGUUUAAUGAGAAGGGUCACCCGUGAAUUUAAAGUACCUCUGAGUGUAACUAUUAAGACAGUUACCAAAGUUUCCUUCUAAACGUUGGGUAGGCAACCUUCGGCAUUCCAGAUGUUUAUAACUUCAUCUCCCAUAGUGCUGGCAAGGCAUCAGGGGAGAUGUAAUCCACAACAUCUGGAAUGCCGAUGAUUGCGAACCCCUGUUCUAGACCAUGAUCUUUUUGCUGAACCUGCAGGCCUUACUUUCCCAAGUAAGCACCGUAUGGGAGAGACCUACGGAAAUUAUAUUUCUUUAGACAAACUAGUCGUUUCUGGGUUGCAGAUUGGAUUGUCGUCCUCUGGUAUAGCUGGUUUUCAAGGUUGAUGUUAUCAUUUGGAAACUAUUCCUUCCAAGAUACUUCUGUAUUUUCACUACAUAUAUUUUGCAAAGACCUCCUAAAGCAGGGGUGCCCAAAAGGUUGAUCUCUAGAUGGUUUAGAACUACAAAUUUCACAAUACGUUGUCAUUUUGAAAGCAUUCUAGAGGCAUGCAAAGCAUCAUUGAAGUUGUAGUUCUACAACAUCUGGGAAUCUACCUUUUGGGCACCCUUGUCCUAAGGUAACAUACCUGCUUGAUGUGCGGCAGCCUCAAUGAAGCUAAAGGACCACAUACUUAACCGUAGCUCUCCGCUAUGGGUGCCUCCAUUUUCUUCUGCGUUCAGUCUUUAAAUAAUCUACAUGGAGCAUCACUGUAACUGUGUCCAAAAGUACAAAGCAGGUCAAUAGAAUAGUCUCCAUAGAUGAUCUCUCUCAAUACAGAAACAGAUUCCACCUCUAGGCACAACUGCUAGAAAACUAUCAAACUUGACGAAAGACUGAGCUUCCAGCGUCUAGUUCUCUCAGCCUUGACAUUGCCUAUAAGACAAAGUUGUCCCAAAUUUGUCCUGUGAUAUUUGCUGAUUGUGUAGGGAAUUUAAAUGAAACUGCAAAACAGACCGUCUCAAUAUUUCAUAAAUACAAAAAUAUCUUCAUGACCUACUGGAAGGUGACCCCUUAAGGGUUAAAACCUGCACUGGAUUUGCAUAAAAUUAGUCCUGAAAGUGUUAACUAUAGUAAUUUUCACCUCUAAGCAAUAAACAUCUACAAAAAAGGUGUUUAAACAACAGGUGUUUUAACGGUUCAGUCACUCCGGCAUAACAGAAAUAGCAGCUUUAUUGGGGCAAAAACAGCAAAAUUUCGACCCUGCAGGGUCUUUAUCAAGCCUAAUAAAGACCAGGUAGGGUCAAAACAUUGCUGCUUUGGCCCCAAUAACGCUGCUAUUUUACUCCUGAACUGUUAUUUAUUCUGCAUAUCUUGAAAGGGAGGCCUGGCCAGCACUAGCUUCGGGGGACAUGGGUUAUUUGGUGAGUGCGAUAUCCAGUACGUUUCUACUAAUUAACCCCUUAAGGACCAAACUUCUGGAAUAAAAGGAAAUCAUGACAUGUCACACAUGUCAUGUGUCCUUAAGGGGUUAAAUUAUGUGAUCUAAAAUGGUGGUCAAUACAUGUACACAUUUCUAAACUCCUAUUGGGAGCCAAAGGGGUUCCUAAUUGUGCUGUGAAAUGGCUUCCUAAAAUUGUAUAUAUUUUAAAGCAUGCUUUACUGAUAAAAAAUAUUUCCUAUUGAUAUUCAGAUUUUAUUACCCCCAGUCAGGUUGGGAAAUGUAAUAUUUAAUAAUAGUUGUGCUGCCGGUUCGUCUAGACAAAAGUUUCCGGAUUAUGAAUGCUUAAUUUUAUUUUAAUUAAUUCUGGUCCCUAACCAACUCGAGUUCUCCUACCUCUAGAGCGUGCCAAUAAUUUUCCACCGCUGCCUAAGUUCACCCGCCUGCGACCCUGUUUCUAUCAGAAUUUUGAGGAAGAGAUCCCUGACGAGCAUAGGACUCUGGUGCGAAGGAUUUAUCAUCUGUGGCUAUGUGAGUUCACUUAUUUAAUUAUUUUGGUAAAUUAUAUUUAAGGCGUUAAAAAAACAAAAAACACUUUUCAAAGCGAAUGCUAAAUUAAUAUGUAUUUAAACCAAUCAAAAGUGGCUUUACAUUGAAUACUGGUUUUAAUAUACAUUGAAUUCUGGUUUUAAUAUUGGUAGCCUUUAUAUAGUCAUGGUAGGCAACCUUUGGCACUCUAUAUAUUGUGGAUUAAAUCUCCCAUAAUGCUUUGCUAACAUGAUACCUGAGAGCAUCAGGGGAGAUGCAGUCCACAAUAUCUAGAAAGUCAAAGGUUGCUUAGGCUUAUUAAGGUUUUAUCACUUUAAAAAAUGGUCUAAAGUGCUAAAAGUGGGGCAGUGAGGAUGGAAACAAGUGGAACCAGCAGGCGCAUUUGAUUGGUGAUGCCUCCUCUUUUUCAAUUUUGCGCCACUUUUUUUUUACAAUCUUUUUAAAAAUCCUCCACUAAGUUUGUCAGGCCCACAGCCUACUGCCUUCAGUAGGUUGUUUUCUGUAGCAACACAAUUGCAGCUUUAGCCUCCAUGACACUGGGAAAACAUUUGGUGGUUUUCGAAACUUGGUCAAAAUGUUAAAGGGACACUAUAGUCACCAAAACAACUUUAUAGCCUAAUUAAACAGUAUUGGUGUAUAGAUCAUGCCUCUGCUGUCUCUCUGCUCAAUUAUCUGCCAUUUAGAAGUUAAAUAACUUUGUUUAUUAAGCCUAGUCACACCUCCCUGCAUGUGACUUGUACAGCCUUCCUAAACACUUCCUGUAAAGUCAUCUAAUGUUUAUCCUUCCUUUAUUGCAAGUUCUAUUUAAAAUAGAUUUUCUUAUCCCCUGCUAUGUUAAUAGCUUGCUAGACCCUGCAAGAGGCUCCUGUAUGUGAUUAAAGUUCACUUUACAGAGCAAGAGAUAACAUUAUUUAAGGUAAAUUACAUCUGUUUGAAAGUGAAACCAGUUUUUUUUCAUGCAGGCUCUGUCAAUCAUAGCCAGGAGAGGUGUGGCAAGGGCUGCAUAAACAGAAACAAAGUGAUUUAACUCCUAAAUGGCAGUGACUGAGCAGUGAAACCUGAGAGGCAUGAUCUAUACACUAAAAUUGCUUAAUUAAGCUAAAGUUGUUUAGGUGACUAUAGUGUUCCUUUAAUAUGUGUCCUUGUUAAACAUGACUCUAAACCACUAAUCUGUGCAAUCCCCAUGUAAAUGUAAUGCCUACAGCACGGUGGCAUGUGGGAAUCUUAAAGAAGCCGUUAUUACAAUUUUUGUACCCUGCUCAUGACCGAAAACAAGUGUAAGAGUCAUUCGAAGAUCAGAAAAGAAAUCUUAAUAGUUUGGCUUACACAAUUUUAAAAAAAAUCUUUUUUGCCAUAUGUGGGUUUUAGUGUGGUAAUAAGUUUACACAAGGCAAUAACAAAAUUGCGGUAAUAAACCACAUUUUAAAGAUAGGUAUGUGACUUCAAGAAAAUAUAGACCGCAUUAAAGGCACACUAUAGUCACCUUCUCCGUAUAUCAUUGGAAGGCUUCCUUUAUUGUCACAUCCAUUAAUAUCUUCUAUUUAGAUAUGCCUGGUUUCAAUUUCCUCAGUCUCAUCCUGCCAUUGAUGGCAGUUGGAUUCUAUGUCCGUAUCUAGCCGUACAUUACCUUGUUAUACACUAUGCUCCAGUAUCUAUUCUAACAGUUAUAGGCAGGGAGCUUAUGUUUAAUAUUGAUGGGAGUUAUACUUACUGUUAAUAUUUAGCUGGAUAUUAUCCUGCUACACGUUGCACUGGAAUAUCUACUUGGUGCCGAUCCUGGUAUUAAGGGCUGUUCCCUUUUGUAUCACCCCAUCGAGAUAUUUUUGUAAUUAAUCUUGGCACAGACGUGUACAUAGAUUUAUACCCUCUACGUUGGUGAUACGCUUUACCUUGAUCCCGCAAUAGGUAGUACGAUAGGAUUUAUUAAUACCACGCAUAGAGCAAUCAUACUAGGUGGUGACUUUAUUUUAACCUGUCGUAUACCUAUUCUUUAUUUUUCAUUUUGAUUUUUCUAUUUGCAUAACUUUUUUCACUUUUGGUUUGUUCACAAUACACGAGUACCAUUGUAUUUGCCUUUGGGCAAUUUUAAUAGUUUUUACAAUUAAUAAGAUUUUCUUAAUAUAUAUAUAUAUAUAUAUAUAUAUAUAUAUAUAUAUAUAUAUAUAUAUAUAUAUAUAUAUAUAUAUAUAUAUAUAUAUAUAUAUAUAUAUAUAUAUAUAGAUAUUUUUUCUUUCCUUGCCUGGAUCUAUUAAGUUUUCUUCUGUAUUUGACAAUUAUCCCAGCCCCUUCCUUGGUACACUACUUUCCCUCAACAUAUAUUGUUUCCAUUUGGGGUUAUCCCCCUUCAUCUGUGUACUAAUCCUAUAUAUGGCUCACCCUAUCCCCUCUGUUCUCUAAAUAGCUUAUAAGUUAUAGAUUGAAAGCUUGUUUGAGCUGGGCUUCCUUCGCCUCCUGUCCCUGUUAUAGCCUCUAUGUCAAUUAUUUGUCAAAUUUUCCCAUUCUAUAAUUGUACAGCGCUGCAGAAUAUGUCAGCACUAUAUAAAUGCUAAUAAUAAUGAAGUUAAAAGUGGUGCAUCAACUUUAAAAUCAGCUUAGAAUAAAGGCAAACAAAACCCUACAUUUAGGCAAAUGCCUUUAAUGUGGUAAUGCAAUUAUAUUAUAAACUUAAUAUAUAAUUACACUAUGAUUGAACUCACUUGUUGGAUAUUUACAUAAAUAGUACCCUGACAAUUUAACAAACACAUUCUUCAUAAUGUUCAGUCAUUCACAUGUUGGCUUGCAACAAGUCAAAUUAGAUUUAAAAUUCUGUGAGAAACUUAGAUGUUAUAAAUCUGUAUAUCUUAUGAUCAAAGUCUUCCAGAUCUGCCUCGAUGGAACGCAAUAUAUUAGAUAACAUGAUCAGAUAUAUUUUUGCAGUCCAUAUUGUACAAAAUGCUUUCAGUUGCUGAGUAUAAAAUCAUUUUUUUAAGCUUGUUUUUAUGGCUGAUUUCUUUUAGAUAAUGUAAAUCAGAUCUGUACAUUGUGACUGUAAAACUGCCAGCAAAUGAGUAAAUGAAAAAUCUUCAUAAAGGGACACUAUAGUCACCAGAACAACUAAAGCUUAUUGUAUUUGUUAUGGUUUAAUCAGAGGAUAAUCAGUUCUUCAGGCUUUUACAUUACAGCCUAUGGAUACCUCCACUGGCCACUCCUCAGAAGGCUGCUAGAGGUGCUUCCUGGGGCAGUGCUGCAUAGGAAGCAGCACUGCCAUUCAGUGUCUCCACCCUCUGCAUGGAGACACUGAACUUUCCUCAUGCAGAUUGGUUCAAUAAAUCUCUAUGAGGAGAUGCUGAUUGGCUAGGGCUGUGUUUGACUUAUGCUGACUCUGCCCCUGAUCUGCCUAUUUGACAAGCUCAACAAAUCCAAUGCUUUCCUAUGUGAAAGCAUUUUGAUUGACUCAAAGAAUCACUUCUGAUGAUGUCAGCACAGCAAGCAGAUCAGGGGCAGAGGAGGCAGCAGCAGACUGCAAUAAAGGUAACAUUUUGCUAUAUUUACAGGGGUAAUAGAGGGCCGGGGGGGGCUAGAUAUGUUUGUGUUCCUGAACCUAUAGUGUACCUUUAAGCUUGUUACGUCUCCAAGAUGACUGCCAUGCAUACACCCACAAAUGCUGACAUCCAUACACUGCAAAACCUUGCAUGUGGCAAUAGUGCUAGGCAUUGGUAACCAUUACGGGGAACUGUAGUGGUUAUGGUGCUUGCAGUAUCACAUUAGGCCGAUUUAGAGGCAGAUGCUUGUCAUGUUAGGAAUACAAACGUGUUCCUAGCGGGAUGGUGCUAAACUACCUGUUUAGGUGUCUGGGCCCUUCUCUGUGGAGGGAAAUUGUGGUUUUACUAACCUUUUCUUCACCGCCAUGCAGAUCUCACCGCGACUGGCCCCACCUCCAUGCCUGAGAUCAUCUGUAUUGAUGAUCUCAGCCAAUCUUGGGAGGCUAUUGCACAUGCGUGGUAAAACACCACGUUGCGCCAAUUUGCAUUGAGAUGCAUUAAAUCAAUGUGUCUCUAUGAGGAGCGUUCAGCAUUUCCACACAGUGCAGCACUGACAAAGGAAACACCUCUAUUAGCCGUCUCAGUGACUGCACCUAGAAGUGUUACUAGGCAGCAAUAUAAACAGCGUUUACAGUGCUAAAGACUUCAGGGACAUGCUAUAGACACCACAACCACUUACAUUAAGUUGUAGUGGUUCUGGUGACUAUAGAAUCCCUUUAAGGUUUGCUAGCCUAGUAAAUUAAAAUGGGUGAUUAAUAUUUGUCACUUUUUGUGCUUUUUUUUUUUUUUAUAUAUAUAUAUAUAUAUACAGGGAGUGCAGAAUUAUUAGGCAAGUUGUAUUUUUGAGGAUUAAUUUUAUUAUUGAACAACAACCAUGUUCUCAAUGAACCCAAAAAACUCAUUAAUAUCAAAGCUGAAUAUUUUUGGAAGUAGUUUUUAGUUUGUUUUUAGUUUUAGCUAUGUUAGGGGGAUAUCUGUGUGUGCAGGUGACUAUUACUGUGCAUAAUUAUUAGGCAACUUAACAAAAAACAAAUAUAUACCCAUUUCAAUUAUUUAUUAUUACCAGUGAAACCAAUAUAACAUCUCAACAUUCACAAAUAUACAUUUCUGACAUUCAAAAACAAAACAAAAACAAAUCAGUGACCAAUAUAGCCACCUUUCUUUGCAAGGACACUCAAAAGCCUGCCAUCCAUGGAUUCUGUCAGUGUUUUGAUCUGUUCACCAUCAACAUUGCGUGCAGCAGCAACCACAGCCUCCCAGACACUGUUCAGAGAGGUGUACUGUUUUCCCUCCUUGUAAAUCUCACAUUUGAUGAUGGACCACAGGUUCUCAAUGGGGUUCAGAUCAGGUGAACAAGGAGGCCAUGUCAUUAGAUUUUCUUCUUUUAUACCCUUUCUUGCCAGCCACGCUGUGGAGUACUUGGACGCGUGUGAUGGAGCAUUGUCCUGCAUGAAAAUCAUGUUUUUCUUGAAGGAUGCAGACUUCUUCCUGUACCACUGCUUGAAGAAGGUGUCUUCCAGGAACUGGCAGUAGGACUGGGAGUUGAGCUUGACUCCAUCCUCAACCCGAAAAGGCCCCACAAGCUCAUCUUUGAUGAUACCAGCCCAAACCAGUACUCCACCUCCACCUUGCUGGCGUCUGAGUCGGACUGGAGCUCUCUGCCCUUUACCAAUCCAGCCACGGGCCCAUCCAUCUGGCCCAUCAAGACUCACUCUCAUUUCAUCAGUCCAUAAAACCUUAGAAAAAUCAGUCUUGAGAUAUUUCUUGGCCCAGUCUUGACGUUUCAGCUUGUGUGUCUUGUUCAGUGGUGGUCGUCUUUCAGCCUUUCUUACCUUGGCCAUGUCUCUGAGUAUUGCACACCUUGUGCUUUUGGGCACUCCAGUGAUGUUGCAGCUCUGAAAUAUGGCCAAACUGGUGGCAAGUGGCAUCGUGGCAGCUGCACGCUUGACUUUUCUCAGUUCAUGGGCAGUUAUUUUGCGCCUUGGUUUUUCCACACGCGACCCUGUUGACUAUUCUGAAUGAAACGCUUGAUUGUUCGAUGAUCACGCUUCAGAAGCUUUGCAAUUUUAAGAGUGCUGCAUCCCUCUGCAAGAUAUCUCACUAUUUUUGACUUUUCUGAGCCUGUCAAGUCCUUCUUUUGACCCAUUUUGCCAAAGGAAAGGAAGUUGCCUAAUAAUUAUGCACACCUGAUAUAGGGUGUUGAUGUCAUUAGACCACACCCCUUCUCAUUACAGAGAUGCACAUCACCUAAUAUGCUUAAUUGGUAGUAGGCUUUCGAGCCUAUACAGCUUGGAGUAAGACAACAUGCAUAAAGAGGAUGAUGUGGUCAAAAUACUCAUUUGUCUAAUAAUUCUGCACUCCCUGUAUAUAUAUAUAUAUAUAUAUAUAUAUAUAUAUAUAUAUAUAUAUAUAUUCCUACUUUUUUUAGGAAAGUCUAUCUAUACUUGCAAGGAAGGUGUCUUCUCAUAAGUUAUGUCUCCCAAGUUCUACUAUAUGUUAGUUGAUUGGGGGAGGGCCAACACUUCCUCAUUCAAAGUCCUGACAAUAACUCAACCCGAGGUAGAAAGCAAGAAUAAGCUAAUAAAAUUAUAGCUUCGCCUGCUGUUACUGUAGAAAUUCAUCUAUCUCCUGUUUUGAGGUGCCCUCUGCAGGUGAGUCACAGAUUGCUAACCAUUGCCUUAGCAGGGCUAUCAAUUUAUAGUCCUUCGUUAAUUGAUUAGUCUGAGACUUGCCACUAAAGCCUAGAGCAGUUGUAGGCAACCUUCAUCACUCCAAAUGUUUUUGAUUACAUCUUCCAUAAUGCUCUCACAACCAUAAUGCUAUCAAUGCAUCAUGGGAGAUGUACUCCACAGUGUCUGGACUGCCAAAAGUGGCCUACCACUGGCCUAGAGGAUCAUUGGCACAGCAACAAAGGUUAUAUUUCUGCUUGCCAGGACUGAAUUUUUACUCACCAGUGGUUAGUGGGGAAGUGGAAAUUUAUGAACCCUGAAUUUAGGAACAUUUGACUCCAAUGUUUUCAUUUAAAUGGUAUAGAAUUGUGCAGAUUAUCAGGAGCCCGAGGCAUUUUUAUAUCAUCGGUAGUGUCGAUUUUGCCAAACACACACUUGAAUAAAUAUUGGGAAAUUUUGCUAGUAUGUAUUCUGAAUGUGUGCUAUACUCCAUUAGAAAUGUUCAUCAGACCUUCUGUAAUCUCCCCAGUUUAUUGCCUAACCCUUGCCGUGAAUGUAGUUGCCUGUCUGGCUUGGUGGAUUGGUGGAGGCAAUGGAGUCAAUUUUGGCUUUUCGAUCCUUUGGCUGGUUCUCUUUAGUCCAUGCGGAUAUGUUUGCUGGUUCCGUCCAGCAUAUAAAGCCUUCAGGUGAGUUCAUUUUCAGAGCAAUGGUGAUGCAUAUAUGGUGGGAACAAGACCAUCGUCCUCAUGAUGACCAGUAACCUGUUAUUUUAUGUAUUUUUCUUCAUCCUUCAGGUCGGACAGCUCCUUCAACUUCAUGAAUUUUUUCUUUGUGUGCGGGAUUCAGUUUGUUCUUUCGGUUAUCCAGGCAAUCGGAAUCUCAGGAUGGGGUGCAUGGUAACAACCUAUUUUCUGGAAUCCACCUCCUGUGGCCACUACUGAAUCUGCAUGCUCCAGUUUAUACCCAAAACAUUUUAAAGGGAAACGUAUUAUUGUGUAUUACUGAAAAUAAUCAUUGCAUGUACUUAUAUCCUUUGUGUGUGUUAUUUUGUAAAGCACAGCUACAAGUUUAUAUAUUUUAAUGCAUUUUUUAAGUGGUUAUCCUUGUACUGUGGAGGCAGCCAUCUAAGUUCUCUUUGGUCAGAAGCACAGUUUAUCCAACCAAAAAUGUGCAGUUAAUCAACAGCAAGGGCAGAUUCACAACUACUAAAAUAAUGUGCAAGUGCUAGGCAUCUAUAAAAAUGCCCUGUGGGACAGUUUCAGACUUUCAGAAUGCAUGUGGUCUUAACAGAUAAGUGGUGACCAAAGAGGGCUAUUGUAUGCCCCCAAGCGAGAUGCAUUUUGGAGAGGUAGUCCAAAACAUCUUAUUUAUUUGUAUUUUUUUAAAUUGGAGUGUUCCUUAAUCUGUUUAGGUUACUGGGUCUCUCAUUUUGGAAUGAAAGCUAUAAAACUCACUUUUAUUCCAGUGCUGGGAGUCUCGUCCUGUUGUGAAAUCAUACUAAGGACUUGUGUCCAAUUGGAUGGAGGAGUAUUGGGACACGCAGCGCAUGCACGGCCAUUGCCAUGACCCGCUAACAAUGCUUCUCAUGGAACAGCACUCAAAGCAAGUCAGGCAGGAAACACCAACGGUCUGCUUGACAACACAAAAAUGUUACUAAAGGCAUUUAUAAAAGUGCUGAUAUUUGUUGAAAUCGAUUAUUUUAUAAAAUAAGCCGGGGGGACAUGUAGUUAAACAUUAAAGGGACACUAAAGUCACCAACGCCACUUCAUCUCAAUGAAGUGGGGUGGGUGCAAUGUCCCUGUCCUUGUAACCCUGCGAUGUAAAACAUUGCGUUUUUCUGUUUUGUUUUUGAAAGUGCAAUGUUUACGUUGCAUGAUUGAGUCCACCUCUAAUGGCUUUCUUCCUGUCAGUCACUAGAGGCGCUACCCCUGCACUGACUAAGUAAAACGCGUGAUACGGAAGCCCAUAAGAAAGCACUGAACACAAUGCUUUGUACGGGGAACCCUGAGGAGGAAGCAGCUCUGUGAGGAGCAUUGGUUUAUAUCAUGCCCAAAAGAUAGAUUCCCCAGAUGUUUUAAAACUCCAACUUGAUGAUAUUUUGUAAUUCUAAAGGCAUGCAAAGCAUCAUGAAAGUUGGAGUUCUACAGCAUCUAGGGAUCUACCUUUUGGGCACCCCUUGUUGAGGCCAUCAUGGAGGAAGCCAUGUCUCCUCGAUGGCGUUAAGGGACGCAGAGCUGUCAGCGGUGCUGAGGGAGAGAUAAGUAAAAACAAUCUUGAUCUUUUUUUUAAAUCUUAUUUAAAAAAGGAGGUGGAAAGUCACAUCUGUCUACUAGAGACAAGCGCUCUGUAAUAGGAAUACAGCUUUGUGUUCCUAAUGCUGUACUGUUCCUUAAGAGCUUUUCAGCUGUCUCAAAAAAUAUUAUCAUCCUGGUCUAUUAAACUAAGAUUUCACUCCGUUUGCUUAUUUCCUUUCUGUUCCAGCGGCUGGCUGGCUGCAGUGAGCUUUUUCAGCACAGCUGUGGCAGUUGCGAUAAUCAUGCUGUUCCCCGCUGUGAUGUUCACAGUGUCUGCUGUAGCAACUGCGUUGGCACUUUUCCGGGUACGUACCAUUUCCUCAUAUGUUAUACGUCUUGUAUUCGGCAAUUAAGUUAGUUUACCAUAGACAGACAUAAGAAACAUUUAAGAAGGGACGAUGGGGAGUAGAGUUUAAAUGGGAACAAGAGAAAAAUAACAUAGAUGGUUAUUUUAUUCAAAGUUGAAUCUCUCUGGCAAUAAAUCUGAACACGGAAAAUUUGGUCAAUUUUUGUUUCUUCACUUGACUGAAAUUCACUUUAUUGUAGAACAUCUAAACUGAAAGCCCCUGAGAACAUUUUUUUCAAAGAUUCAAAUCCCCAAAUUUGAUCUGACUAGCUAAGGAAUUGCAUCGAAAUUCCUGAAGAACAGGUGACUUCCAGGAGGACAACCUUUUCCCUAAAUACCAUGUGUAGAACUUUAUGAAAUAAAGAGACUAGUGAUCUGUAGAUAAAUGUGGGUAGACCUUUUUUUUUUUUUUUUUUUUUUUUGCUCUUACAUUACAUUUAAGCCCUGCAUAUUUAAAUUUUAAAGGGACACUAUAGUCACCAGAACAACUACAGCUUAUUGAAUUUGUUCUGGUGAGUAGAAUCAUUACCUUCAUGCUUUUUGCUGUAAAUACUGGCUUUUCAGAGAAAAUGCAGUGUUUACAUUACAGCCUAGUGAUAACUUCACUGGCCACUCCUCUGAUGGCUGUUAGAGAUCCUUCCUGGGUCAUGGCUGCCUAAAAUGCAUCCAAACAUUCAGUGUCUCCUCCCUCUGCAUGCAGACACUGAACUUUCCUCAUAGAGAUUAAUUGAUUCAAUUCAUCUAUAUGAGGAGAUGCUGAUUGGCCAGGGCUGUGUUUAAAUCAUGCUGGUUCUGCCCCUGAUCUGCCUCCUUGUCAGUCUCAGCCAAUCCUAUGGGGAGGCAUUGUGAUUGGAUCAGGCUACCACUUCUGAUGAUGUCAGCACACUGCUUGUUUUUGAGUCUAACAGCAUGCAGAGUUAUAGCUUCAGGCUUGAAUACAGUAAGAUUUUUACUAUAUUUAUGAAGGCAUGAGGGGCUAGAUGGUGGUUUUAACACUACAGGGUAAGGAAUACAUGUUUGUGUUCCUGACCCUUUAGUGAUCCUUUAAGUUCUGUGCUACUAAACUUGCAAUUACCAAAGCACACUUUUUUGCUCGCCACGACUACAUUUUUCAUUUACCAAUGGCUAGUGGAAAUUUUGAUCCCUGAUAUAUAUUCAGCGCUCAACAUUUCCAAUAGUGACUGACUUGGACACUCUAGGCUUGCAAUAGCGAGUGGCCUGGCUAGUAGUUUGUCUUCAGAUUUUAAGGUGUCUGUGUCUGUGUCUGUGUGUGUGUGUGUGUGUGUGUGUGUGUUAUUUUACCAGGAAGGAUACAUUGAGAUUUCUUUCUUUUUCAAAUAUGUCCUGGGCCCACAAAUACUGCAUUGUUACAACAGGGUACAGUAUUCUAUUAAAAAUACAAAGUAAUAUUAAAUUACACAUAUAUAUUUUUUUUCAAGGUGCACCGGUGGUACAGAGGGGCUGGUGGAAGUUUCCAGAAAGCCCAGCAAGAGUGGAACAGCGGAACAUGGAAGGCACCACCAAGCAAUGAACCACAAUAUUCAAAUUUUGCUGGCCCCACUCUACCUCAGUAUCCUACAGUCCCAAGCUAUCCUUCAGGUGGUCAAUGGCCCUGAGUUUCCUGCAAUUGGGCUGUUACAGGUGAAGUGUCUCCCGGCCACUUGAACUUAUCUGCUGCUCCCCUUAAAGCAGUCCUUUUGUUUGUAACAUCUGUGAUGGUCUGAAAUGGACCCAGACUGACUGCAUCAGAACGCAAAGACGGGCUUUUAAAGUAAACACAUGAGAAACUAACCAUCCUGAAGCAGUACGUAAUUAUCUCACAGCACUUCUAAAAAUCUCCCUGUCAAUGUGCUUAAGUCUAACUGUGAAAAGAGAACAUGGUGGUUAAAAUGGAACAUAGAUUUCCAUGGUGAUGUACCAAAUGCCAAAACUGGAAAGUCACAACAUGCAAAAGUGAUUACAUUGAUUCCAAUUUAUUUUUAUAUUUAUUAUUAUUUGGGCAGUAAAACAGAAAGCAAAAGUGAUUGGUUUUUUUUGUUUAUUUUUUUUUUAUGUGAAAUUAUAUUCUGGAAUACAUUUCAAGCAUUUUUUUUUUUUUAUCUUCAUUUCACAAAUUCAGUUUUGUAAACUGUUUUGUGUAGUUUUUUUUUUUAAUAUAAAAUCUUUUGUAGUUUGUUGUAUAAUCUCUCUAUGUAUUCAUGUGUUUUACUGCUAUUUUUUUAAUAUUAAUAUCCCACCAAAGUUUACUCCUUUAAUUCACUAACCACAAUAUAAAAUGUUCACAUAACAAGUGGUAUGUCUUAUAAUCUGUAUGUAUUAGAUGUUAUAGUUUAAAUAAUUUUUCCCCAUUUUUUUUUUUUAAUGGUAAUUACAUAUAAAUUUGUGGUUGAAUAAGAGGAUCUGUAGGAGUGCAUAACUGCUUUAAACAAAGAUGCGGUGCAGAAGGUUGUGGUGAGUUUUCAGAUCUGGAAUUAUUUUGUAACAUGUCAACCUCUCAUAAACAUUAUAGAAUAUUGAGUAUCAUUGCAUAUCUUAUUUGUCUGUUAAAAAAAUUUAAUAAACCUGGAAUAGCUAGAUUUCUUAAAGUAACUCUGCCGUUGCAAUAAUGUUAGUAUUUCAGAGAUGAUUUUAUGAUGGAAAUAACCAGUGACUGCAUUGAAAUUCCAACACAAUGAAAAGGAAUCAUAAGACAAAGUAAAGAUUCAUUUGUCUUCCAUAGAAGUUGAAGUUGACUAAUUUGACAAGUUUCAACUUGCUGUCAUUGGC